ACUCACAUCGCAUCACAUGGCAGCCUGGGCUCGCUUCGCCACCCAACCCUCCACCCUCACUAGCUUUGCUCUGAGUGCCAUUGCCACGACGUUCCUUGCUCCCUGCUCCAGGCGGCGGCGGGGCGAGGCGAGGCCCAGCGUAUCGUCUACAAGUGUACCCCCUACGACUACAUAUUUACCCUGCAGUGAGGCGACCAGUCCUCACACCCCUCUUCCCCCUUGGGUUGGACGCCACUCGCAGCCCCCCUGCCGCGUCCGAAACCAGCCAUGGACCUGCCAUCUGGCGCCGGCGCCGGCGGAGCAGCGCACACACAAGGCCCACAGCAGCAUGCAGUGAACAGCAGCACCACCCUCAUUAUACCCCCCGCGCGCAAGUCCAGCGAGGCAGGCCCAUACGGAGGGUCAUCCGCUGCCCCUGCAGACCUCUCAUCCGCCAUCAUUGACGCCUUCAAGGCGACCUUGCGCGAGGCAGAAGCUUAUACCUCCUUCUACGAAUCCCGCCUCAAGGUCGAGGAGGACUACCUCAAGGCGUUCCGCAGCAUGGUCGAUAAGCAACGCGAGCUCGACAGCAAGAUUGAUGGCAAGGGCAUGCGAAACGCCGUUGUUGCCAAGCCCCGAGCUACACUGCGAGGCGCGUGGCAUGAGUUGCGCGAGAACGACCUGCGAGAGCUAGAGACGCGCAGCCACAUGGCAGACACGAUCCGCCAGGGCGUCCUGACACCGCUCAUCGCCUUCCGCGACGCGCAGGAGCGCAUCCGCAAGCGCGUCAAGGAAGACCUUAAGACACACCUGUCCAACUAUGACGAGAUGCGCAAUGUCACCCUCCCACGCAUCAAGAAGCAGUACGACAAAAAGUGCGAGGAAGUAGAAACGCUGCGCUUGCAGCAGAUGGCUGCCGAAGACCAGCGCGCGCUGCUCUCUGCCGGCACCACGGGCGGCGGCGGUAUGCCGGGCUUGCUGGAUGUUGGUGGUGGAGGAUCGUCAUCUGGCGGCUCAUACCACUCGUCAGAGAGUUCCGAUUUCCCCUCGGGGCCGCCUCCGCGACCAGACUUCCACACCUCCAACUCACUUCCGAUCCACCAGCGCCUGAGCUCAGACCCAGCUCGGAUGUGCGAGUCGACAGCAGCAGCAGCUGAGACGUCAUCGCGGCCCUCGUUGCACGUGCUUCCUGCCGCCGCCAUGGGCAAGGACCUGCAGGCGUCACAGCCCCCCACACCCGCACCCGGUUCAGUGAACGGGGCGGUCAUCAGCUCGCACGCCUUCUCACCGCCUUCGCACUCCCGCUCGGGGCACCAGCAGCAGCAGCAACCGCCACCGCCAUCGAAAGCGGAGGGUCAGCGCGAGAAGGACAAGGACGAGAAGAAGCCGAACUUCUUCGAUGCGCUACGGCAUAAGGAGGGCUGGGAGAACGCGCGCAAGGAGGCGCCGCGCAAAAUUAACGCGUUCAUCUCGCGCAUGCGCGACGAGCGCGGAGGUGUCCUGGGCAUUGGCGGAGGGGACAAGGUGGAUCGAGAUGUAGCCUACGGUAGUGGCGUUGGAGGUGGCGCUGGCGGCGGCGGCAGUAGCAACAGCAGUGGAGGCGGCAGCGUUGUUGGCGGACUACUCGCUGGUGUUGGCGUUGGCGUGUCCAGCUCGCACGAGUACGCUGCAGCGGGAGCAGGAGGUGGUGGUAGUGGUAGUGGUGGUAGUGGUGGGGGCGGGGGCGGUGGCCUCUUUGGUGGAGCGCGCGAGCCGAGCAUGAAGGCCGGCGCGCAUUCGAUCGCUCUCAAGACGGUCAAGGCGAAGCGCGAGUCGGAGGAGUUGGACCGCGUGUACCGCAAGGCGAUCUUUGACCUGGAGACGCUGCGCAUCCGGCGCGAGAAGACGAUCGCGGCGGCGAUCGAGAGCUGCAAGGAGUGCAAGCGCGAACUCUCCCUCACGGCUCAGGCGAGCUGGCUGCAGGCCGAACGCGCCGGCCUGCUGCUCAGCAGCUCCAACGUCAGCCUCAAGACGCAUGCAGAGGAAGUCGUGCUGAAGUGCACCGACGCACUUGAGACCGAGAUAAGGGACUUCGAGGAGACCAUUCCGCACAUCGAGCAAAUUAUCGAGGACAAGGUGACCUACGUCAACUACUGGCACGGCGUGUGCCAAGACCUGCUCUUCGGAACCUCGCUGACCGACUACGCCUUCAGCCACAACCGUGGCGCAGGCUCGGCGCCGCAGCCGCCGCUGGUCGUGACCAAGUGCAUACAGUUUCUCGAGGGGCAUGCGAUGAAGCAUCCUGGUAUCUACCGCAUCAGCGCCAAGCAUUCUGCGCUUCAGAACCUCGCGCACGCCAUCGAGCGCAACGAGGCCGACUUCCAAUUCGACCCGGCGCGCGACGAGCCUGCAGCCGUCGCGGGCCUGCUCAAGCUCUACCUCCGCCAGCUGCCCGAGCCCGUGUUGCCGAUUCCGUGGGAGGAGCGCAUUAAAUACACACACGAGAGGGACGAGCAUGUCCAGGCGGGAUUCCCCAUGCUCAAGAGCCGCAUUCGGAGAGCACCUUCCAUCAACCAAGUCACCCUCAAGGCGAUUGUCGAGCAUCUUGCGCGCGUCGCUGCGCAUGCCGACGAGAACAAGAUGACAGCGAGCAACCUGGCCGUCGUUUUUGGGCCCGUCCUGCUCUCCGAAGCUGAUCACGGCGCGACGUCGCUGGCAGCGGCGAUGGAGGAGGACAAGACGAUGGAAGACCUUAUCUCGUACCACCAAAUCAUCUUUGGCGCCCUGGCUGUCUCAUCGCCGCCGCUCGCGCAGCCGCAGCCGUCCUUGGAGCUCGUAUUUGGCCCGACCGCCAUCGUCGCGCCCGACUCGCCCGUCUGCGCGCGGGGUACGACGACGCUGAAGCGCAGUAGUGCAAUUCUCAAAGGGAAUGAUCAUAUGGCUCAAGCAGAUGCAGGAACGUCCAACUCGGCCAAAUCUGCCCCCUUGGGCUAUCCUUCCGCCGGUGCUGCUGCCGCUGGCUCCCACACCCGGGUCAAAAGCUCGGCGGACGAGUACGCGGCACAAACAUCUCAAACCGCUAUGCUCGCCAGCGGCUCAGGUGCUUCGCCAGCCGCCGCCACCACAGCUUCGAAUGACUUGCUGAUCUUCCCCAGCGGCUGCAACUCUGCUCUUCCCUCACUGGGGCAUUCGCAGGAGGGCUCUGCGGAUUGCCGCGCAGCUGGCUCGCUCCAUCUCGCCGCCAGCUCUGCGCAGGCAGGUCGCAGAGCCGAGACGCUCAGCUCCAACGCUGGCGCACACGUCGACAAUGAUGCUGUGCCCGCUUCAGCCACCACGGCCAUGGCAUCGAAUGGGCAUGCGACGACGGCACCGCCGACUCCGGCGCUUAAGUCCCUUGCGGUGACGUCUGUUUCGCACCCUUCGUAAUCACGUAGAACGUGGACUUUUCUUCCUGCUGCCCCCCGCUACCCCCCGCCCAGUUUGCUGAUUUUUGUUUGCGUAUAGUAUAUAUGGCGUGCGUACUUGUUACUGCGUCGCAAUGGACCUUCUGGCACAUCGAGCGGCGAGCGAACAAUACAUGAACUCUUUGAACGGUCCUCUGCUGCGAAGCCGCUUUUUGUUGCUGCAAAAUCCAGAACGGCCCAUCGUGAU